CCGUACGGGCGCGAACCACGGGACGCACCGCUGCUUUCUAUGCGUGUAUACAAGAGAUCAUAUUCAAAGUUGCAUUGAUUUUGCAUUAACAAGCCACCUCUGGUAUCCUCCUUGGAGAAGACCAACGACGUCUCUAAGACUGUGCCGUUACGAGAAUAAGCGCUUAAAAAAGAAAAAAAAUGUAUCUUGUGGCUGACGUGCUUUCAAGACGAAUUAGACGUCUCACUUCGUUAGCGAGUCACUCAAUUCUUAGCUGGAGGAGCGAGCGCUGCAAACUAUAAUAGUUACGAGCGGCUGGACUUCCAGCGUGGGUGUGCUGUCCCAGCCUCGCCUGCUGAAACUACAACUCCCAGCAUGCCUCCUGCCUCUUGUCUACUGCGCGUGCGUCCUGCCCGCCGACCCGCGAGUACCAGCACUACCCGCGCGUGCGUGGUCGCCCCCGGCGCCGGCAUAGCCCGCUCCCCGCCCUCGGCCCGAGCCAUGGACGCGGAGGUGGACGCGGGCUCCGUGGUUUCGGGACUGUCGGGCGGGGACGGUGCCGGCGCGGGCCCCACCGAUGAGGACCAGGAGAUGGAAGGAGCCCCCAGCUGCUCGGGGUCGCGUUCCCUGCCCUUCGAGUUCGAGCGGAGCCGCUCGGAAUCCAGCGGCGAUGAGGAUGAUGAGGACGACGAGGAGGAGGAGAUGGAGGAAGAGGAGCUCGAGGGGGACUCCGGGGUUCGCUUUGGAACAGACGACGGCGAGCUCGACUCGGACGACGACCGGGAGCGUAUGAUAAACCUCGCAGAGUUGACCCCUUACAUCCUGUGUUCCAUCUGCAAAGGUUACUUUAUUGAUGCUACAACUAUUACAGAGUGUCUGCACACCUUUUGUAAAAGCUGCAUAGUGAGACACUUCUACUAUAGCAACAGAUGUCCAAAAUGCAAUAUAGUUGUACAUCAGACACAGCCCCUUUAUAAUAUCAGACUGGACAGACAACUACAGGACAUAGUCUAUAAAUUAGUUGUCAAUUUGGAGGAAAGAGAAAAAAAACAAAUGCAUGACUUCUAUAAAGAAAGAGGAUUAGAAGUGCCCAAACCAGCUGUCCCACAGCCCGUUCCAGCGAGCAGAGGAAGACCUCGAAAAGUUCUGGGCUCCGUGUUCCGGAUCCCACCAGAACUUGACAUCUCAAUACUGCUCGAAUUCAUUGGAGCUAACGAAGGCACAGGGAAUUUUAAGCCUUUGGAAAAGAAGUUUGUGCGUGUUUCAGGGGAGGCAACGAUUGGACACGUGGAGAAAUUCCUCAGAAGGAAAAUGGAUCUGGACCCUGCUUGUCAGGUAGACAUAAUAUGUGGUGAUCACCUGCUAGAACACUACCAGACACUGAGGGAGAUCCGACAAGUCAUAGGAGAGAGUGCUGUACAGGAUGGCUUACUUGUGCUGCACUAUGGGCUGGUGGUAUCUCCGCUCACCAUACCUUAGAUUGCUACAAUAUCAGGAGGUGAACGAAUCUGAAGUCAUCAAGCUCCUUCACUGCUGUUUCUCACCAAAGAAGACCACCAUACUUUCUGUGACAGGAAGAAAGUAAAAGAAACUACCACUAAUUGCUGUACGCUUGUAAUUCAACAUCUGACUUUACCGCUGUUUUUUUUUAAAAAGAAGUGUUCUGUACGUACAGCUAUGGAUGUUGCUGUGCUUUGUGUUGCAAAUAACUGUCUUCAAAUUUCACUCAGCUCAGGGACUUUAAAUGCUCGGAGUUGCUGCAUUUCUUUAAGUACUUCCUAAAACCACAAGAUCUCACAGGGUAAACAGCCUUUUUCCCUAAGCUAUGGGAUUUUGCUUACUUUCUAAGUGUCUAGCUAGAACAGUGUUCUCAGGGAUGAUCUUCAGUGGGCAGUACAGUGUAUUCUGGGAUGGAACCAGUCAUUUGGCGCAAAAAAGCGUACGGUGAUCAUCUGUCUUCAGGUGUGAUUUGGGAGAGGAAGGCAACUCUCCUAAUGGAGACCAAAAUAGGUAGGAAAUGAUGUAUCACAAACUUUAUUCAGUUGUUUUUCUUGAAGAAAAGCAAUUUUGUCUGCACUUGAAAAAUAUUUGCUGGUAGUUUGACUUACACCAAAUUGUGGAUUGCACAUCUCUAGUCUGAACGGAGAUGAGCUGGCUGUAAGCCGGUUAAACUAUGCAUGGAGGAAAAAAAAAAAGUAGCACCUCUUUCUACCUGCUUGCUGUAUUUAAAAUAGUCAGCCUAAUUCUGCUGUCAUGUAAAAUCUGUCAAAUGACUUGUCUAGCAGGAGCACAGGUUCCUUCAUUUCUAGCGCGCAUCUUUCUAGCAGCGGUGAAAAAUGGUAGCUUUUUCCACUCUUUCCAGUAUGUGCUAGUGAACUGUAGUGGAGAGCAGGUUUGAGGGGUUAAAUAGCAUAGUAUGUGCCUGUUACUACCGCAUUCAGAGUUGAAUUCCUGUUUUUAUUCAUUUGUUUUAACAUAUUAAAUUACUAGGUUUUGUGACAACUGUAGUAUUUCAAUUCUCUUCUGUUGAAGUUUUUCAUUGUCUCUUGUGCAGUAUUAAGAACCAGAGCUUUCUGUGCUGUGCUCUUGCUGCACGUUCCAUCUUAUACAUGGGGAUCCAUGAAAGCUACUGUUGAAAACCAGGGUCCCUCUAUAGUCAGUGUAGUGAAGGGAAGAAGAUUCCUUUGUGAGGCAUUUCAGAGCACUUAAGUUAGCUCAAAUGUGUUUGCUUCCUAUUCUAUUUGCUGCUGUGCUGUCAGCAUAGGAAUACUGGCAUCUUUUGUCUAAAGAAAACUUUCAUGAAUCCUUCCUCAGGUCUUUAAAAUAAAUGUUCCGUUUUGCCUGUGAAGGUAACACCACAAAAAAGAAGUCUCAUUUGAAGUCAUUCUUGUGAUGCUUCUAAAAAAAAAAAAAACCUAACAAAAACAUGCCUAACUACAAUUGCCUAUUUUCCCUUCAAACUUUGUACAAAAGUAGUGUUUAAAAUACAUCAGAAGAUUGAAUUAUUUUGUAAAGACUUUGUGAGUUGUGUUGAUAAGAGAUUAUAUAUUGUAAUGGUAAAAUAAAAUUUAUUUUAGCCAAUUUUAAAUUGAA